UGGACGAUCUAUGCCGCUAGCAGCUCCUCCCUGUGUCAACAGCAGCAGAUGAGCAAAGACAACCAGAGGCAUUUAGCUGCAAUUAAAAACUAACGGACGCGUGUGUUGUUCGCCUGCGUGACUGAGCGAAGUGACGAAACCCAACUGGAGUGACAGCAGCCCUGAGAGGGUGACAUGCAGAUGGACAAGUAAAUAUCACCCAUGGAAACCCAGAGGAAGAGCUCUGGGGAUGUAGAUGGAGGAGAGCGAGGUUUGCUGCAUACCUGGAAGGGCUACUCCUGUAGCGUCACCCCUGAGAGGUUGCUCCUACCUCGACCGGUCCUUCAAGUCGCUUUGGGCACCCGACAUGGAGUUCUGCUGGUGGAAGGAGGACAGGUUUACAGUUUUGGAGAGCUGCUGUGGAAACAGAACCAUGUCCCCGGAGGACCCGCUUUGGAGACUGCUCUCAGUGGGCAGCGUGUGGUCGCUGUUGCAGCAGGACAUUUCCACAGUGGGGCAGUGACAGAAGAUGGUGGUGUUCAUAUGUGGGGGGACAAUGGUGCGGGACAAUGCGGCCUGUCAGGCCUUAGCUCUGUCUCUAACCCAACUCCAGUGGCUCUGUUGGACUUGGACACCAGUCUUUCACAGACGGUGCCUGUGUUGGAGCUGGCCUGCGGGGGGCAGCACACCCUUGCACUGUCUGUCCAGAGAGAGGUGUGGGCUUGGGGCAGCGGCUGCCAGCUGGGCCUAAGCACUGCCACCUUCCCUGUGUGGAAACCACAGAAAGUUGAACAAUUAGCAGGGAGGUAUGUUCUUCAGGUGGCCUGUGGUGCUUCACACAGCCUGGCACUGGUGCGUUGUCUGAGCCCCCAGGACAUCCACAGGCCCCCUGUGGACAAAUGCAGUCAGUGUAACCAGCUGCUGUACACCAUGACAGACAAAGAGGAUCACGUCAUCAUCUCUGACAAUCACUACUGCCCACCUGGUGGUGAGCUAACUGAGGAUAAGCUGGAGGCACCUGGCCAAGCCCAUAGACUCAAAACAUCCCCAUCUGAGCCAGUUCUCCCCUCCCAUACAUCCACUUUGAACUCUGAGUCUCCAGCACUUUCUGUCAGUGCAGAGCCCUCUGACCCUGCCUCCAUCCAGAACACGGAGAAAGGAGGAUUAGCUGUGGCCAACGGAGUGCUGCCAUGCUUAGACUCUGACCACACGGCUCAGAGCCAGAGUGCCAGUGGUAACGCAUUAAUGGUUAAGAGUUCACUCUAUCCAGAUGAGCAGGCUGUCAAAGACUACCUGAAGAAACUGUCAGAUAACACACAGACAGAAGCAAAGACUACUGCUGGAGGACUGCACAGUCUGCUGCCCUCAGCAGGAGAGUUUGCUGCCACCUCGAGUGCCACGCUCAACAAUCUGGUGGCCUCUUGUGCCUCCGCAGUGGGCGAACGUGUAGCCUCCACCUAUGAGGCCCUGUCCCUGAAAAAGAUGAUGAACUACCUGCCUGCGGGGGUGUCGAGGCCAGCGGGUCUUACUGGUCCUCUUCCAGGAGCGGGGGAUAAUGGCGCUGAGCGUGUUCGCAAGGAUGACUCCAUGCAGGGCAAGAAGAGCUGCAGCACUGGAGACAUCCGCGAGGAGGAGGCUGAGAGUGUGCGGCGCCGCCUCUCACUACCAGGACUCUUGUCACAGGGUAGAUACGCUGUUCACCUCUUAUCAUCCUCCUAUACCCAGCUGCUGUCUCCUCGGCUUCUGAGGAAAGCUGGUCGCUCGAGGUUGCGGGCUGUUGCCCUCACCCCACUAGGAGGAGCAGUCCCUGAGGUCCAGGAGGUGCUGCCCACCCUGCAGACAGAGGUGUGGAGCUGGGGCCAUGGCGAGCAGGGACAACUGGGACAUGGAGAUAAUCUGGCCAGAUUACAGCCAGCAUGCAUCAAGAGUCUGAACAGUAAGGAGGUGGUGAGGGUGGCUGCUGGUGCUCAUCAUUCCCUCGCUCUGACCGCUCAGUCUCAGGUGUUUUCAUGGGGCAGCAACAGUUCCGGUCAGCUUGGACACAUGGACUCACCCAGCACAGUCCCCCGUCUUGCAAAGCUGUCAGAAGGCAUCCGGGUGUGGGAUGUGAACGCCGGAGAGAAACACACCGUCCUCCUUGCUGACGGUGACUGCAUUCAGCCCAUCAUUUAUUACAGUGGACAGCAGGUGAAAGAAGGGGAGGAGGAUGAGAAGGAGGAGGUGGUGGAGUCCAGGGAGGUUUGUGAUCAGGAAGAAGGCAAUGAGAAGGAGCAGGAGCGCACAAGGGGCUACACACCUCAACCUGUACUACUUCCCUUCUGCAUGAAUCUGGGUUAUGUCAGCAGUGUGUUUGCGGGUGGUCGGAGAUGUGUGGCGCUAUCGGACAAGAAUGUGAUGGGAUUUAUCGCCAGCCUUCAUGAGCUAGCAGCAGCUGAGAGGAAGUUCUACUGCAAGCUGUGUAACAUCAAAACACAGAUAAUACGCCCCUUACUGGAGCUGGAGUCUCUGAGCUCGACUCUCGGCCCUGUGAUCUUUGAGCUCCUGCAGACUCUUGUAGGACGUUUCAACCUCCUGUGUCACCUGACUGGGCAGCACGCUGCCAGCCUCACAGCCAACCUGCGUCGUGGGCGAGAUGUGAAAAGUCUGCUCAUGCUUGACCACACCAUCAUCUUUCUGGACUCUUACAAUGAGUACUGCAGUUCUCUCGGUAACUUCCAGGUGAUGGGAGGAGCCCAUGCUCUGACCAAGCCUUCACUAGAUUUCUUUGGAAAGAGUCCAGAGCUGCUGCAGAGGCUGUCUGAGUGCAGCGAGGAGAACCCGACCAUGGCCGACCUCCUGCUGGCGCUGUUCUACCUCCCAGCUCGCCACAUUCAUGAGUAUGGCCGGCUACUGCUCAAACUGGCCACCUGCUUUGAAGUGUGCUCCAAUGAUUACCAGAAGCUGCAGGACAGCUGCUCCAGGUUUGAAGCUUUGUCUCUCCAGUUGAAGAGAAAAAGAAAAGAGACUGAGUACACUUUUCACUUCUGGAAGAGCUUCCCUGGGAAAAUGACGGAUUCUCUCAGGAAACCUCAGCGUAGGCUGAUCUGUGAGAGCAGCAACAAGGCUCUGACCCUGCAGAAUGCCGGCAGGUUCUCCGUCAACUGGUUCAUCCUUUUCAAUGACACUUUAAUUCAUGCACAGGGCGUGGCACCUUAUAAAAAUCUUUUCUCCACCCAUCACAUCUUCCAUUUGGCCACACUGUGGGUGGAGCCCAUCCCAGAGGAGAACACUGGCACAUACGGUUUAAAAGUAAUCACACCUGAGGAAAUGUUCACCCUACUGGCCUCCUCGACCAUGGAGAAGGCUAAGUGGCUUCGCUCCAUCAACCAUGCAGUGGACCAGGUGCUGAGUGGAGCUGGGCAGGACACGGCAUCAGUAGGCUCAGGGUCGGGGCAGAAGUCAGAGCCUCCAGUCGCUAGGGUGGCCGUCUAUACUUUUUAUAAGGAGGGACGUCUGAAAGAGGCCACAUACGAAGGCUGCUGGCUCUCUGGCAAACCCAAUGGCAGAGGAGUGUUAAAAUGGCCUGAUGGGCGAAUUUACACAGGGGAGUUCAAAAAUGGACUUGAAGAUGGCUUUGGUGAAUUUUUGGCUCCGAACAAAACACUCAACAAGAAUGACCAGUAUCAAGGUCAAUGGAAAGAUGGCAAGAUGCAUGGCCUGGGGACAUACAGGUAUGCCAGCGGAGAAGUUUAUGAUGGAUCUUUCCAGGAUGGCAUGCGGCAAGGCCACGGCAUGCUACGCAACGGCAAGCUCAACACUUGCUCCCCCAGUGUCUUCAUCGGACAGUGGCUGCAGGACAAGAAGACUGGCUAUGGAGUGUUUGACGAUAUAACAAAAGGAGAAAAGUACAUGGGAAUGUGGCAGGACAACCUGCGACUGGGCACUGGGGUCGUCGUCACCCAGUUUGGUUUGUACUAUGAAGGCACCUUCAAAGAUAAUAAGAUGAUGGGCACUGGGAUCCUUCUGUCAGAGGAUGACACAACAUAUGAAGGAGAGUUCUCCGAUGACUGGACCCUUAAUGGAAAGGGUGUGCUGACCAUGGCGAAUGGUGAUUACCUGGAGGGCUCCUUUGGUGGUGAAUGGGGCUCAGGUCUCAAGGUGACAGGUUCAUACUUUAAACCCCACCUUUUUGACACCGACAAGGACAAGACCCACGUUGUUAAGCUUGGGCGUCUGUGUGUGCGGGCAGAGGAGAAGUGGCAGGCAGUGUUUAAGGAAUGCUGGAGUCAGCUGGGCUGUGAGGCGCCGGGACAAGGAGAGAACUUGAAGGCGUGGGAAAACAUUGCCCUGGCCCUCACCACCAGCCGCCGACAGAUCCAGGACAGUCCAGAGACGUUUUCUAUGACUCACAGUAGAACCCUGGAGAGUCUGGAGGUCAUCCCGCAGCACAUGGGGCCCAUUAAUCUAGAACGAUAUCACACCAUCCGCCUCUACCUCAUCAAGGCAUGUGACACCCCUCUCCACCCACUGGGCCGGCUGGUGGAGACCCUGGUAGCUGUUUACAGGAUGACCUACGUCGGCGUUGGCGCUAACCGACGACUGCUGCCACAGGCUGUUAAUGAGAUCAAGUCGUAUCUCAACCGCAUUUUCCAGAUCGUCAGGUUUUUGUUCACGGACCUGCCAGAAGACGGUGGCCUAAUUCCAGAGCCAACCACAAACCUCCAAGAGAAGAAGGAGCGGAAUUCAACUGAUUCCCCACUGGAAUCACCCAGACCUGGCCAAGUGGUUAGCAAAUCUGCUCUGCUGCUUCCCGUCCUGCUGCCUCGUCUCUACCCUCCACUCUUCACCCUCUAUGCUCUGGACAAGGAGAAGGAAGACGGCGUCUACUGGGAUUGUGUUCUUCGCCUCAACAAGCAGCCUGACCUUGCCCUACUUGCCUUCUUGGGCGUCCAGCAAAAGUUCUGGCCAGUUUCUUUUACCAUGUCCAUCCCUGCAGUAGGAGAAAAGCAGCAGGUCCUCUCCAGCACCAAGGAUGCCUGCUUUGCCUCUGCAGUAGAAACUCUGCAGCAGAUCAGCACAACAUUCACCCCGUCUGACAAGCUGCAGGUGAUCCAGCUCACCUUCGAGGAGAUCACACAGGAGGUGCAGUCACUGCUGAAGCAGGACUUCCUGUGGUCCAUGGACGACCUCUUCCCCGUCUUCCUCUAUGUUGUGCUGCGAGCUCGUAUCAGAAACCUGGGUUCAGAGGUCAGCUUAAUUGAAGACCUGAUGGAUCCCUGUGUUCAGCAUGGAGAGCAUGGAAUCAUGUUCACCACACUCAAGGCCUGUUACUACCAGAUCCAGCAUGAGAAGAUCACAUAGCGAGGCGUUUCUCCGUCAGUGAUCUGGAAGCUGCUGUCCCACCCUCCCCCCCUCCCACACACACGUGCUUGGCCAACCACAGGGCCAGGACCAGCCAGGCUUUGAGAGUGACAGAUGUGUGUGGUGGCCAAUAGAAAACGGUGGAUCAUCAGAAUAACCUGCAGACAGCUCCAUCUGCUGUUGUCAUGGAGACGGGAGGUGCUCUCUGACACACAUUCAAACUCUAUCAGUGACCUUUAACGGUCUCUAAUCUACAGGUCAUGAUGGUGUAAAAUUAUUAAGUAAGUCCACAGCAGGAUAGUGGGAAAUCCUGAAAUCAUCUUUUAAACCAAUGUGACUGGUCUGUCCUCAGUUUUUAUGUUCAGUCUGCAUACUGAAAGUGGACCUAUUUUUCUGCAUUUUUCACCAUGAAAAACUGCUUUUUUCUGUUUAAUUACUGACACGAAGUUUGGUGAAAACAUCUUUUUUGUUUCUUUUACUGUCAGUUUGGUUCUGCUUACUUAUUUGACGACUACAUGAGGCACCAGGACCUAACAAGGAAGGACAUCUCUGUGAUAACACUUUUAAUUAUGUGGCUAUAAUCUGAGCCAGCAGGGGAAGGUUAACCAGAAGUGCUUAUGCUAAACCAACCUGUGAGUAGAGAGUAGAUUUAGAAGGGAGAAGACUUAACUGGUUGAUUUAAUGAACAUCCGUCUUGUUAACCCACCAGCAGCACAAUCACUGCAGCUUCCUCCAGCGUUUCCAUAGAAACAAAGGGGAACUGUCUCUCAUGUAGCGGAUUGGACAGCAAAGCAAUCAAAUAUAUAUUGUGUAAAGCAUGGCAUGUAGUGGGGUAAAUGUAAACUGACUUGACUGUAACUUCACUCUUACACCAAUGAUUGAGUUUCAGAGUAUUUGGCUGCAAACCAGCUGCUAUAGAUUUACAGUUGAUUUGCUCAAUGUGAGUAAAUACGAGUAAACGGUUUAUAUAACAGUAACUUUAUACUGAAGGUACAGCUACAGCUAGAUUUGUUCAAUGAAUGCACACUUUCAUUGUAUUAUGGGCUAAGGAAAUACAUUUUGUUUUCCCAAAGUAAAACCAGAUAACGCACAGUGGAAGCAAGACAGUUUUCAGUAUUAAUUCAAAAUCGACUUGUUGACUACUUUCUGCAAAAAAGAGGAUAGAACCACAGUUUAAAAAGCCUACUUAAACAUAGUAGUGUCUUUAUAUGGAAUUUCUCUCAUCUGUAAAAACAUUUUUACCAGUGAAGUGAUUACAGUACCAGGUUAAAGAUAAAAAAGUGAACAAGACAUCAAGUUCAAAAUUGCCCUGAAAUUCAUAAAAAUGUAAAAUUAUGUUCACUAAAGUCCCAACAUAAUUUUAAUGAAACUAACAUCAUUUUAAGAUCCUGUUACAUGUAUUUUGAUCAGUAGAAAGUGUAAUCCAAAGGCCCAUUUUACUGCUGUUGAAUCUGUUGUCCGGUAAAAGACAACCCAGUUUUCUUUUUUUUUUAAUUGUGAUAUUCUAAGCCGAUUCUCUGCUCAUGUAUCUGCUUAUAUUGACUGUUGUUUUUUAAACCAUAUGCAGCACUAACUGUCAUACCUUUUUUGUAUUACAUAUGAAAAUGGCUUGAUUUUUGUUGCCAUGUCAUGGCUUUUGUUUCCACUGAUGAUUUAACAAUCAAAUCAGAAGCUGCAGGGUUUCUGAAAAUCCAACAACAAAAAAUAGAUGCUCAAAAUCAAUUCAAAUCUAAUCUGUGCUCUUGUACACUAUUGAACAACUAAAGGUGCGAUUAAAACAUUUUUACAGAUUAAUUAAUUUAUCCACUGAAGCAGCGUUUCUAAACAUGGUUAUUAUAAACCAGGUUUCACUCAUACUUUUGUACAGUGUUUCCCAAACUUCUACAUAUAAUAUACAAUGUCAUUGUGACUAGACAAAAUAUUUUGCAUAAUUUAUUGCCAGAUAACACUUAAUAUCAUUUUGAAUUGGUAAAUGAAUAAUUUUCAAGAGAUGUUUGGAGAAACAUUUAACAUAUAAAUCUUAACUCAAAUUUUGCGCAAAUUCUGCAAAUUUGGAGACCCAGACCACCCCCAACCCAGGCUUUUAGAAUCUUUGCUUUUUGUGAACUUAAAAAAACAUCAUAAUAAUACUGUUCUGUUACAGUUUAUUUGCUCCUGUUUCUGUCGAGACCAUCUGUGCCCGAUACUCAAAACAGUCGAGCUAUGUUGUCUGUGUAACAGAGAAAUUCUUCCCCCAAAAUACUAUAGACAAAAAAAAGAAGAAGAGUUAUCUUAUGCAUUUGCUUCAGUCCUCUUCAUUUUGUUUUACAGUCCUGCUGCUGCCUCUUAAAGAGAGGACACUCCAUUAUUUUCAGUGACCACUUAUGCAGACUGUGACAUUUAUUGUGACUGUUGUACUGUAACUGACUCCUGUGAUAUGAAGUGUUUUAAACCCAAAACCGAACUGUUCAUUCUUUUUCAUCAAUGUAAACUGAAGCUAAUUUUUCAUUCAUGCACAUGUGGGUUUAUAAUUUAAACCCCGUUAUGACUGACGACUUGUUGAUUUGCUGAACUUGACGGCUGUUUGAGAAGUUGUUUCCUGAUUGUUUUGUUUUGUUUCAGUUGACUGACAUGGCAUCCACCUGUGUAUAUUAUGUUAACAUGAAAAAGGGCAAUAAACUCUGAUGGACAUUGCUAA